CUGCUCUGUGAAGUCCAGCACAUUACAGGGAGCCAGCAAUCCUUAGAAAUUGACCCUCUAAGUUCGGGACACACGUUGGGACGGACACGGCAAACUGUGAUGCGCACGGGAUCGGACGGCGGCAGAACGGAACUGGCUAAUGUGACGGAGAACUAUUGCUGCUUUUGGGUGUAUCAGGGUCACCCGGCGUUGCCGGACAUCUGGGAGCAUCGCAAGGAAUAUGCAUUCGACUUCCUAUUCAAUGGCAAAUUCGAGAAAAAUCAGCGCAACUAUCAGGAACGUCCAAUAAAUUGAACCAUUGAACCAUGUUUAAAUUAAACCUACGGCACAUAGUUUUGCUGACACAUCAAA